GUCUCCAUCUCCCAGCAGAAGGCGCAGCCAUGAAUCCGUUAUUCGGCCCCAACCUCUUCCUCCUCCAGCAGGAGCAGCAAGGCCUGGCCGGGCCGCUGGGGGACCCCGUGGGAAGCGACCACUUGGCCGCCGGCGGGGACGUGCCCCCGGCGCCGCUCGCCCGGGCCGGCCCGGCUCGCUACUCGCCGCCCGGGCCGGGCCCGGCGCCCCCCGCCGCCAUGGCGCUCCGCAACGACCUGGGCUCCAACAUCAACGUGCUCAAGACCCUGAACCUCCGCUUCCGCUGCUUCCUGGCCAAGGUGCACGAGUUGGAGCGCCGCAACCGGCUGCUGGAGAAGCAGCUGCAGCAGGCGCUGGAGGAGGGUAAGCAGGGCCGGCGGGGCCUGGCUCGCCGAGACCAGGCCGUGCAGACCGGCUUCGUCAGCCCCGUCAGACCCCUGGGGCUGCCCCUGGGCGCCCGGCCGGCUGCCGUCUGCACCCCGUCGGCGCGGGUGCUGGGCUCGCCCGCGCGCUCGCCGGCAGGCCCCCUCGCGCCCUCCGCGGCCUGCCACCCGGCUCCCUCCACCUCCGCCUCCUCCGCCUACUCCUCGUCGGCCCGCUUCAUGCCGGGCACCAUCUGGUCCUUCUCUCACGCCCGCCGGCUUGGGCCGGGACUGGAGCCCACUUUGGUGCAAGGGCCUGGCCUGUCGUGGGUGCACCCUGACGGGGUGGGCGUCCAGAUCGACACCAUCACCCCAGAGAUCCGCGCUCUCUACAACGUGCUGGCUAAAGUGAAGCGCGAGCGGGACGAGUACAAGCGGAGGUGGGAAGAGGAGUACGUGGUGAGGCUGCAGCUGCAGGAGCGCGUGAACGAGCUCCAGGAGGAGGCCCAGGAGGCUGACGCCUGCCAGGAGGAGCUGGCCCUGAAGGUGGAGCAGCUGAAGGCCGAGCUGGUGGUCUUCAAGGGGCUCAUGAGCAACAACCUGUCUGACCUGGACACGAAGAUCCAGGAGAAGGCCAUGAAGGUGGACAUGGACAUCUGCCGCCGCAUCGACAUCACCGCCAAGCUCUGUGACUUGGCCCAGCAGCGCAACUGCGAGGACGUGAUCAAGAUGUUCCAGAAGAAGCUGUCUCUGCACUUGUCUCCCAUUAAGGUCCCGUCCAUGGGGGGGCGGAAGCGGGAGCGCAAGGCUGCCGUCGAGGAGGACAGCUCCCUGUCGGAGAGUGACGGGCCCUGCCACCCCGACGGGGAUGAGGAGGAGAGCACGGCCCUCAGCAUCAACGAGGAGAUGCAGCGCAUGCUCAACCAGCUGAGGGAGUAUGAUUUUGAGGACGACUGUGACAGCCUGACUUGGGAGGAGACUGAGGAGACCCUGCUGCUCUGGGAGGAUUUCUCGGGCUAUGCCCUGGCUGCCGCAGAGGCCCCGGGAGAGCAGCCGGAAGACAGUUUGGAGAAGGUGAUUAAAGAUACUGAGUCCCUGUUCAAAACCCGGGAGAAAGAAUAUCAGGAAACCAUUGACCAGAUAGAGCUGGAGCUGGCCACGGCCAAGAACGACAUGAACCGGCACCUGCACGAGUACAUGGAGAUGUGCAGCAUGAAGCGGGGCCUGGACGUGCAGAUGGAGACCUGCCGCCGGCUCAUCACCCAGUCCGGGGACCGAAAGUCUCCUGCUUUCACUGCGGCCCCGCUUAGCGACCUGCCGCCCCCGCCGCCACCAAGCGAGGCUGAGGACUCCGAUCGAGACGUCUCAUCUGACAGCGCCAUGAGAUAGGGGCCUCCUGCAGCUCGGCCCGCUGGGACUGACCGAGGCAGAGGGCUGGGUGGUUCACAGACGGGAACGCCGUUUGUCCUGCAGCACCGAGCCUGGCCCCAGGGAUGGGGCGCGCCUCCCCAGCCUCCUCCCUUGGUCCUCGGCCUCUCUAGGGGUCUGGGGUGUCUGGAGCGAGGCUUGGCCUGCCCUUCCCGGGCGACUCCCUGCACAGCCGGCUCUCCUGCCUUCAUGCGUGGGUGAAUGCUACUUUCCCAUCUUUAAAAUGCUGCCAGAGCACUCGUGGCCCCUCACCCUCUCCACUGAGUAAGGAACGUGAUUAUCCUUCCUUCCGUCCCUGUGGCCUCGAGCCAGCUGGUUGUCUUGAUUCUGUACUGGUGCUAACUGGCCCGGGCACUGGUAUGAGGGGGCUUAGGCUGGACGUUCUGUGGCUUGUGCACCAGAGAGGGCUUCCCUCCGCGUCACAAGCGGAGGGAGCGGGCCUGGGCAGGGCGCUCUGUCCUCCCUGUUGUCCGAGCGCUCACGGCCGGCUGCCCGUCGACAGCAGUGGUGUGGCUGUGAGCCUUCCCUGGCGGAAGUGCCGCGCGUUACAGGGGCCUUAGUGCGUCCGGUCCAGCGGCUGCUGGGUCUGGCUGGGUGCAGUAUCAGCAUCGUGGAGGGAGACAGAAGCUCCUGCUUGUUUCCCAGUCACCGCCGGGUGACAGAAAGGUGAAGCUGUGUGUGUGUGUGUGUGUGCGGGCGCGUGUGUGUGCACACGAGCGUGUAUGUGGGUGCACGUGCACUCAGAGUCUCAGUUUCUUCAAGCAUCAGCUGCAGGUGUGCCUCCUCCGUGUCUGUCACACGCUGAGACCAACCAGCUGAGCGAGAAGACGUCCUGGACUCGGAAAAGCUUGGCGAACUGGGGCUACGAGACCGAGGGUCCCUCAGCAUCGCUGCCUGAGGCAGGCUGGGCUGAGCUGAUGUUUGUGUGGAAUCUAAUAAUAAUGAAACUGGCGACUAUUUAUUGAA